CGACACGACGACAUCAGCAGCACCUAGGCAGCAGUAUCUGAUACAACAGAGUAGCGUCGCGACUCUCGCUCCUGCUGCCCUGGACUACAGGCGCCUCUCUCCAAGGCUGACUGUAACCCAGUGAGAGCCCAGUGAUGGGUAAGGAGAAGCUCCAUAUCAACAUCGUGGUCAUUGGCCAUGUGGACUCAGGGAAGUCCACCACCACAGACCACCUCAUUUACAAGUGUGGCGGCAUCGACAAGAGGACCAUUGAAAAGUUUGAGAAGGAAGCUGCAGAGAUGGGAAAAGGCUCUUUUAAGUACACUUGGGUCCUUGACAAGUUAAAAGCUGAGAGAGAGCGAGGCAUCACCAUCGAUAUCUCUCUGUGUAAGUUUGAGACCAGCAAAUACUAUGUCACCAUCAUUGAUGCUCCAGGACACAGAGACUUUAUCAAGAACAUGAUCACUGGCACUUCACAGGCAGACUGUGCUGUGUUGAUUGUGGCGGCUGGCGUUGGAGAAUUUGAGGCUGGUAUCUCAAAGAAUUGCCAAACACGAGAGCAUGCUUUGCUGGCAUACACCCUGGGCGUCAAACAACUGAUUGUGGGUGUCAACAAGAUGGACUCUACCGAACCUAAUUACAGCCAGAAGCGCUAUGAGGAGAUUGUGAAGGAAGUCAGCACUUAUAUCAAGAAAAUCGGCUACAACCCUGAUACAGUGGCAUUUGUUCCAAUCUCUGGAUGGAAUGGAGAUAACAUGCUGCAGGCCAGCCCAAACAUGACCUGGUUCAAAGGCUGGAAGAUCACUCGUAAGGAUGGAAGUGUCUCUGGGACGACUCUGUUGGAGGCUCUGGAUGCCAUUCAGCCUCCAACCCGCCCCACUGACAAACCCCUUCGCCUCCCACUGCAGGACGUCUACAAGAUAGGAGGAAUUGGUACUGUGCCUGUGGGACGGGUUGAAACAGGCAUUCUGAAACCUGGCCUAGUUGUGACAUUUGCCCCCGUGAAUGUGACCACUGAGGUGAAAUCUGUGGAGAUGCAUCAUGAGGCUCUAUCUGAAGCUCUUCCAGGUGAUAAUGUGGGAUUUAAUGUGAAGAAUGUCUCAGUCAAAGAUAUCCGACGUGGGAAUGUUGCAGGUGACAGCAAGAACGAUCCCCCACAGGAGGCAGCAAGUUUCACCGCACAGGUGAUCAUUCUAAACCAUCCAGGUCAGAUCAGUGCUGGUUAUGCCCCCGUGUUGGACUGCCACACUGCUCACAUUGCCUGUAAGUUUGCCGAGUUAAAGGAGAAGAUUGACCGUCGCUCUGGGAAGAAGCUGGAAGACAAUCCCAAGUCUCUGAAGUCUGGGGAUGCUGCUAUUGUAGAUAUGAUACCAGGCAAACCCAUGUGUGUGGAGAGUUUCUCUGAGUAUCCUCCUCUUGGUCGCUUUGCAGUGCGUGACAUGCGUCAAACCGUAGCAGUGGGCGUCAUCAAGGGGGUUGAGAAGAAGACCCCAACCUCUGGGAAGGUCACUAAAUCUGCCCAAAAGGCCCAGAAGAGCAAAUGAAUGUUGUGCUGGGCUGCGAACACUUGGGUCAGCCACACCAUCCCUCCUCUUCUCAACUCCAUAAAUAAAGCUUGGUUAAUUAUCACAAUGCAUCGCAAAAGCAGAAGAAGGAAAAGU